AUGUCAGAAAAAGAAAAUUCUGAUUCCUCGACUUCUGAGUCAGAAGUUAGUGCUUGUAGUUCUAAUUUUAAUCCCAUUAAAGCUCUUUACUCUAAAAAAACAAAAGUUCCUGUAGAAAAUGCCCCAAUGUAUGAAAAUGUCAGUCAUUAUGAGUCGGCACAGAAAAUGAAAGAUGUGCAGGUAAUUCCUGCUGGACAGAAAGAAUUAGUUAGGAAGAGAGAAGAAGCGAAAGAGAAGAAGAAGCAAGAACUAGAGAAACAAUUAUUAGAAAAGAAUAAGCAAAGAUUCGCAAAGUAUCAAGUUUCCAUGCCCACAAAACAGCCAUGGAAGACGAAAAACGUUCUCACACGCAUGGAGAAAAUGGAGGGACCCCUCGCAGUGCUGAAAGAGUGCGUCGACAAGAGAUUGAGAGUCAAGCUUUACAGCUUUAACCGAAUUAAGAAUCCCGCAUAUAACUCAUCCGUGUUUAAUCUGGCCGUAAAUACGCUCCGUAAAUACCACAGUAAACUAACAAUAAGCGCGAAUAGAAAUUUCCAGAAGUGUAAAGCUAUAUUACGUUUUGCUGACUCACUAGCAGCUAGGAAGAGCCUUCAGCGCGUGCGUCCGGUGUCGCCGUCUGCGCAGCUAUAUCUGGAUGGUGAUGGUUCUGUACUGAAUGCACUGUGA